AUGGAGUUCGAAUUUCCAUCUGUUAUUAUUGACCUUAACUCGAGCCAGCUAAGAGCCGGAAUCUCGAAUUGUGAUCUUCCAACAGUUCUUGUUCCAACAGCAUACUCGAAAUUAAAUGAUAGAGGCUCUAAUGGAAAAAAAUAUGCUUUUGAUGAUGAUAUAGAUUUACAUCCGGAGAGUGAUAUAUACACAUUAUUUAAUGAUGGUGUACUCUACAAUUGGGAUGCUAUGCCAGAGUAUCUUAACUUUAUUUACAAAAAGUUGCAAGUUGACGUGAAUAAACAGGAGAUCCCUCUAGUGCUUGCAGAAAAUGCGUGGACACCAAAUAAGAGCAAGUCAAAAGCUCUUGAGGUAGCUUUUGAAGAUUUAGAGGUCCCAUUAUUCUCCCUUUUAAAGAGGCAAGUUUGUACAGCGUACUCCCUAUCAAAACCUUCUGCGGCAGUCGUUGUUGAUGUUGAUGAUGACUUUGUUUCGGUCACCCCUGUUUCCAAUGGCCGAGUUCUCAGUAAGGGUAUUGUGCGCACAAAGUAUGGAGGUAAUUAUCUUAGAUUAUUUGCAAUGGAAUAUAUCAAAUCUCAGCUGGCAAAUGGCAAGAAUCAGGAUAAUAUUGAAGAUGCUUUAAUUCCAAGGUACUUCCAGGGAAAGAAUAUGAAGAUGAGUGAUAGCUUCAAGCGUUAUCAAACUGGUAAGAGCCUAGAUGAUUUCAAGGAAAAUAUUUUAACCUCAUCGCUUUUGAAAGUGGAUCCUCUUCAAAAGGACAUACCGAGGGACAACCAGUUAGGUUUAACAAGGGGUGCAGGACCGUUAGAGCAGAAAAACUAUGAGCUUCCAAACAAAUACACAAUAAAGAACAUAGGAAUCGAUCAAUACAAAUUAGCCGAGCCUAUAUUCAGGCCAUAUGAAUAUGCUAAAUGGUUAGAUCCGGUUAAUGCUUAUGGCGUUUCAUCUGAUGCCGAGGGUGUUGGUAGUUUGAUCUUUACUUCAAUGAAGAAUGUUGGAGGAACUGGUGAAAUGUACGUCAAUUUGCUUAAUAACAUUGUUAUUUCUGGUUCAACCUCAUACCUUCCUCAAAUGGAGCAAAGAAUUAUACAGGAUUUGAGAAUGUAUGUGCAGGAUUACUCAUUGAGUACGUAUUUGGCUCCUGAUAUGAUUGAGCGUGCCGCUGAUUCGUGGAUAGGUGCAAGUAUUCUUACAAGUUGUGCCGUGGCGGACUUCGAUCAUUUGUUUGUUACAAGAGAGGAAUACUUGGAGAAUGGAGAGGGAUAUGCCUUGGAGAAGUUCAAAUAA